AUGGAUCUACCCAAACCUGGUUCAGAACAUCCACGGGGAGCCAAAUCUCAUGUAUCUUGGACAAAAGAAGAAGAAGACCAGCUUCUGCACCUGCGUAAUGGUCAAAAAAUGAAGUACGCCGAUAUUGCUAAAAUCCUCUCACGAAGCACCAAUGCCGUGAAGACACACCACGUCUAUAUGAAACGAGGCGGCAACAAGAAGCCACCCACCUUAGCCAAGUUCAAAUUGUCAGAACAGACGUACGCCACCAUAUACUGGACCGAUGAAAUCGACGCCGCCAUCAUAAACGGCCACCGCAACCAUCAGAACAAUAAAUCCAUUGCAGCCUCAUUGCAUCUUCCACGCAUCCCGAUCCAGGAACGUUGGGCCUACCUCAAAUCAAACAACCUCGUUCCCACAGAUGUACUCGCUUUAGAUGGACGCCGGAACGGAAAGCCUCAUGGCAAGAUACCAGUGAUAUGGAGACGCGAAGAAGAUGAGGCCAUUUGGGCGCUCUGGAAGGCCAUGAAGACAGACAAGGAGAUUGCAGCAUUAUUUCCAUUCAAAGGAAAGAGUGCUACUGCAAUUAGGAAGCGUAGAAUUGCGCUGGUGCAGGCGACUCAGCCGUAUGGCAAUGGGCCGGAGGAUUUGGCGCGGAAGGAGGGUACGUAUGAAGCGAGAGAUUGGGCGGCAGGCAAAGAGAACCUGGAGAGGUUGAGGAAGUGGGUUGCGAGCGAUGUGGGAGGUGAGAUAGGGGUUUGUGGUGUCAAGGGCAAGACUGGGAAAGUUAAUGGUAAGAUGUGUGCAGUGUUGGGUGAAAAGCUGGAUGGUGCGAAUGAGGUCGUAGUGAAGGAAGAAGAGAAGGAUGAGAAUACGAAUGUUGCGACAGUCUUAGGAUAUCAUUGCAGCACUGGAGAACAACAGUUCAUGGUCGAUAAGGAUGGGAUUACGGAGGAAGAAUGGGUGAUGGCCAUGGGGGGGGCCUUCUGUUGA